AAUUAAAAAUUAUAAUACGUGUGCCCUCAAUUUUUAAUUUUAUAAAAAGAUAUAUUGAUUUAAAUAUAAAAAAUGGAGAGAAAGACUCGUAGGACAAAAAUGAAGACGGUGGAAAGUUUAGUUUGUUUGGUAAAAUCGGUAGAAAAUCAAUAUACCACUAUUGAUUUACAAAACGAAACUUCUGUGUACGGACUUGUCAAAGAAGUUGACUGUGAUAUGAAUGUGACCUUAUGCGAUGUUACUCUUACUGAUCCAAAUGGUAAUCGAUAUUCCUGUGAUAAUUUCUUUUUAAAAUCAAGAUUAAUACGUUAUGUUCAUUUGUCUCGAACAGUUGAUAUAUUUCAAACUAUGAGAGACGUAGUUAGAAAAACAUUUCCUGCUAGAGUUAAGAAACCAACAACUUAUUCCUUGAAGAAAAAGAAAAUAAUAGCUAGACAAGAACAACUUAAAAGGGAAGUACAAAGUAUGAAUAGUAGUAAAGCUGAAACUAAAUCAUAGUUGUAUAAUACAUUGUUAGUUUAAGAUAUUCUUUUAGUCAGAUAUAAUUAAAAGUUAGUCUUUUUAUAUAAUAUUACAUGUCAUAGUAUUCUCUUAAAAUGCUAAAUA